AUUCUCAGUUAAACUAAUUACAGACUCAAUUUUCAAUUGUCGACUGGCCCAAUUAACAAUCUAAAUUAAUUGUGAAAAUGAAACAAAUGAGAAUCUGCAAUUCGACUAACACAAUCAUCUAAUAUCUUACGAAUUUCAUUUAAUUUCUUCCUGUAAGCCCCAUGGGCAUUACCUUAUUAAUCGAAAAUAUAAUUCUAAUCAUUUGGAUUAAGAUAAUUAUUUAAUUUUCUAAUUGAAAACUAAUCAUCGUUCUUAUUUUUUUGAAAAGAAUUUCAUUUCAAAGUUGGCGCCAUUUCUUUUUUACCUUUGAAUGAAACGAAACCUAAAAUUUGUUAAGAAACUGAAUUUUGACAAAUGUAAACAAUUAACUUUAAUUAUAUUUUCUCUUGAUUAACGAUAAAUUGACUGUUCUUUUUUUUCUUCAUCAACGCAAAUGACUUCUGAAGAGCCUAUUGAUGGAAGUAAGGAGACCAAUGAUAAAGAAAAACACGAAGAGAAUGAGCCUAAACGUUCUUUCCGUGCUGAAUAUGCUCGCAAAUCACACAACACUAUUGAAAAGAAAAGGAAGGAUAAAAUCGCCAUCUGGAUAAAUAAAAUUUCCGAGUUACUACCCAAAGAUCCAAAGAAAGAGAGCAAAAAUGCUAUAUUGGAGAAAGCCUUUCACUAUAUGGUUCACCUUAAAGAGAUGAACGAUAAACUGAUUUAUGGAAAUGCUGAUCAAAUUAUAGGGGAAGAGCUACGUUUGGCUAAGAGACGAAUUAAAAAAUUGGAAGAUACUAAUGGUGUUUAUUAUAAAUUACUGAAAAUGUCUGGAAUCACACCGACUAAUAUCCCGUUAGAUGUGAUGAAUCCUAAUCCACUUAAAAACACCAAAUCUACGCAAGAAAGUUCAAAUAGUGAAAAAACAACCCUUGACCCGAAUAUAUCAGGAGAUGAACAAUCUGAUGGUGAUUCUGACACAACGGAGGUAAUCAGAGAUGAAGAUUCUGUUAAUGUUGAUCACAAUAAAUUCAACAGUAAUACCAAUAUCAAUAAUCAUAAAACUAACUCUGCAAAUAUACAACUUGGAACUGAUAAAUUGAUCACAAAUAAUUUAGCUAAUACCAAAAUACCUUUAUUGGUUGUUAAUCAAACUCAGGAUCACAAUGCUCCAAGGAUAAGCUUAUCAAAUGGAUCUCAACUUCAAAUCCGUCCUUCACCAAAUGUUCAAAUUCUAGGCAAUGGAGCUCUUGCCAUCGACAGUUCAGGAUUUAAUCAGGGCCCGAUCAUUUUAGGUUCAACUCUUUUAAGUCCACCUCAACCAACAACACUGGUUAUGCACAAUGGUCAAUUGUUAUCGUUAGUUAAUCAACCUCAACCCGCUUUUGUUUAUACUCCUGGCUCGGGUUUUGUUUUAACCUCAUCAACUCCUAUCAACAGUACUUCAAUUAAUGUGCCACCAACACAAGCUAAAUCUACCGAACAGACGGAAAAAUGUAAAAGAAAAGUUCGUUCAUCAACUACUGGCGAUCAGGAAAAAAGUCCAACUGAAUCUGGAGAAACGGCUCGAAUUAAACGGCCAAGAACAUAUCAAAAACCUAACGUUAAUAUUGAUGAUAGUAUCACUGGUGAAGAGGUUCAAGCUACUAUUCCAUCACAACAACAACAAGAAACAAUUUCACUUCCACCAAAGAAGAAGAGAGGUAGACCUUUAAAAGUGACUCAACAAGCUAAAGAGACUACGGAUAAAUUGCCGUUAAAUGAAGUUACUCCGACACCAAACGGUGAAGCGAUUGCACAAGAAAAUGAUAAAAGGCAAAGGUUAACAACAGUGAUUGAACGUGUUGCCGAUUCUCCGUCUAAAAGAUGUAUUAGAACAACGAGCAAGGCCAAUAAAGGAACAACAACUAAAGAACUGACAGAUGAAUUAACGGAAACUGAUCUGGAAACUGAGAAUUAUUCAUUUCGACAAAACGGUGAUGCAACAUGUGAACAAGAUCAACUUCCACUUCUUUUGGGAAGUUUAUCUGAAGAUCAUGAGAUGUCCACUGAUUCGGUUCAUAGUGUUUCCAAUUCUAGUUUACCAACAUUCCUCAGUCUUUCACCCUCUGAUCAUUUAACUGAUUUUCUAUCGAAAACUUCUGAUCAUGGUAAUGGUACAACUCGAUCACCUCGUUAUUCUAGUCCAAUGAAUAGGAUAAACACAAAUACUUCAAAUUCGCAAACACCUUCCGUUAUUAUGUCAAAUCAAAGUUCCAAUGUAAUCACUGAAUCAUCAAAUUGUCAUGAUGGUGAAGAUUAUGCCAAUUCAAUCGACCAACAACACCAUCAUCACCAUCACCACCAGCAACAUCAUUCUAAUGAGCAAUUAGAAUCAAAUAGUUACCAAUCUAACUCGAAUAAUGCUGGACAAGGUCGACUUUACUCUACCGAUUCACAAGAGGACAGGAGACGCUCUGAUCCCUCGGAUAAAUCGACAACACCACAAUCUGUUGUUAGAAAAACUCAGCAAAGUAGAGAUUCAUCAUCAUCUACAUCCGCUCAACAAACAUCAACAGGUAACACUAACCUAGACUCUAGUGCACCACCUUCGUCAUCAUCGACCAACAAUCCAACAACAACAAACCAACUGUUACCUUAUUCAGCUGAAUCGCUCCUGCGACAACAACCUCAACAAAGUAACACUAAUAAUAUGCCAACUUCAGUGCCAAUAAAUUCAAUCUAUCAUGUUCAAAGCAAUGUUUCUGUAGAUUCCAACAUUGAAUUUACUUCAAGAGAUAAUUCUGCCUCAGGUAAUUCCGCCAACAAUACUAGUGCACGACCAACUAUUUCAUACUCAGCUGAAAGACUGAUCCAUACACCUCCAGGAGAAAGUAAUCAGAUCGCUAAUAACAACAGUAGUAGGCAAAAAUCUCAUGAACCUGGAAAAGUCAAUUCGAUUCCUGGUAAUAACAAUUCUACCUCGAAUAAUCAAGCAUCAAAUAUUUUUAAUGAACAGUAUUCAAUCAUCCGAACAGCCAGAGGAAGUGCUGAUUUAGAUUCAGAUUUAUCUCGACUUCAAUCAGCUCAUCAUCAUCAACACCACCAUCAACAUCAACAACAACAGCAACAGCAGCAACACGCAACUAACAUGUACCGGUCAUCACCUCAAGCUCACGAUCAGCGGGCUAAUCAAGAUCAUUCCUCUCGUACUGGUAAUACAAAUUUAAAUGUUAACAGUCAAUCAAAUCAACAACAAAUUAUGAAUCAACAACGUAACUCCUACUCAGAAAAUCAUCAUCAUCAGCAACAACCUCCUCCUCCGCCGCCGCCGACACAACAAACAUCUCAACAACCUCGUGGUCAAUCUCACCAAUCCACUCAACCAAAUCAAUCUAAUUCAAGUUCCCAAGGACAAAUUAACUUAAAAACAACUUCAACAAGCGCCAGUAACAGUUCACCAACCAGUAGUAGUACCAACAAUCCAGUAAAUAACAAUGGACGUGAGCUUUUUAAUCAUCACUAUCCAUAUGGAUCAAGUGAAGGCUCAACAAGUGAACGAAACGCAAACCUGAUGAACUUUAGCAACUCUGGUAACGGUCAUAAUGAAGGGUUCAUUGAGAAUAAUUCAUCAUCAGGAAUGCAGAAUAAUUUCCUUGCGCCUUUUCCACCCAACAGUAAUUGUCAACCUCCAUUUGGUCCUCCUAAUAAUCGUCGAUCGAGUAAUUCAUCGGCUGCAAUGUUAUCCUCAUUUAAUUUUGCUGAUCCUUCGUUUACAACGGAUCCAUACAACCGUCAAGCUCACGGAGCCUCUGGAAACGCUAGUAAUUCAGCGAUCAAUUUUGCCGAUGGUAAUCGACGUAUCGGUAACCCAGGUCACUUUGUAGAUCACACAUCUGCAACGGGAACCUCAAAUAAUCCAACCAACAAUUAUUUCAUGGUUCACAAUCAUCAUGUGUCAUCUUCAUCUUUACCUAAUUCAAAUAAUCCACCGAUUUUCUCGACCAGCUCAUCGUUUCCUAGUCUAAUCUCCGGUUCUAGUAAUUCAAAUUACGAUAACAACGGUUAUAACCUUACUUGUCCAUCUCGAUCAUCAGCUACAAGUAUCAACACAACGACCAAUAUCUCGCCCACUUCGAAUACACUUUCCAAUUCCAAUUCCAAUUCCAAUCUUCAUCAUCACCAUUCCCAUCAUCAUCCAACAUUUUACAGUGAACCUGGUGUAACAACCAUACAAUCUAUGCACAAUGCCCGAAGGCCAUCGGAAUCGCCGUCAUAUUCAGGCUCAAGUAAUCAAGGAAAGACAACUGCAAAUACCACCAAUAACAGUACAGUAAAGGCUACCGGUAAUACACCGAGUACUUCAUCUAUUAAUUCAAAACAAUCCGGAAAAUCAACAGGUGGAAGUUCAAGUAAAUCCGCUAAAAAAGCUUCAGGUACAAACAUAGGCGCUAAAAAUUCCCGUUCAACAAACACUAAUGUUUCCAAUCCUUCUGGGACUAACUCGUACUCUUCAAUGUCAAGCUUUGCACCUCCUCCUCCACCGCCACCCACAGCAUCAGCUGUUCCCAAUCACAGUGGAAAUCGAUCCGCUGGCACUUCGGCAUCUUCAUCGACUUUAUUAAAUAUCUCAUCAUCUUCUACAGAAAGAUCUUCUAUUGACACUAACGAAUCUCUAUUUCGACCUCAAUCCCAAUCAAACGCAUCGACAAACAUGCAACCCACCUCAGCAACAUCUCGUUCAACCGGACCAUCAACCCAUGGGCUGACGCCUGUUGGACAUUCAUCAUCUUUCCUUUACAACUUUAAUAACCCUUUGACCAACAUUUUUGCCGAAAUGGGGUCAAUUCAAUCAAUCAAUCCAAAUGACAAUUUUGCCAUGUCUGGACUUUCUGCAAUUAAAUUUAACCAUCCAGCAAAUGUCCUACCUCACCAUCCAGGUCCAAACGCGCCAUUCGCCCACUCAUCAACCCUUCAAAGCUCAGUUCCAAUGGAAAACAGUUCCGGCUCAAUGAGUGACAAUUCAUCUCAUCAAAAUAUCUAUGGUCACCAUAGUAGAAUCGCCACUCCCCAUCAUCACAAUCCAUUCAUUCAAUUGAUUGGAUCAUCACCAAGAACGUUGAAAUAAGCGACUCACAGAAACAAUUCCUCGGUGCAACAAAAAAUUACACAAAUUCAACCUCAGUUGCUGAUUUAAAGAUUUAAAUUAACAAUUUAAACCUUUGGUCAACCUAAGCAGCUUCAUUUUUUUUUCAUUUUGAUUUCUUUUUCUAAUUACAAUAACAAUUAAGCUGCCGAAGACUUAAUUAAUGCCUUUGUAAACUUACAUCCUUAAUGUAAAUUAUCACCCAUAACUACAAAAAUACAUCUUAUAUAAUCAAGGGCUAACAAUUAAUUUGACAGCUUAAUUGUUACGAACGAGAAAACUUUAAAUAAUAUAAAUCACAUUAAUAUAAUCACAAUUGUAACAAUGUAUUUGCAUGAUUAUACUUUGUAAUAUAUUUUGCUACUACUUUAUUAUUAUGUAUAAAUAAUAAUGGUAAUGACGAUUUUACAAAUAAAUCAGAUUGUAACAAAUCAACAUGUUAAUCAUGUUUAAAACAAUGAA